UUCCUUGGAAAUUAAUUUAAUAUACCCUCUUUGUAAGAAGUUGUUGACAAUCAAAUGCAUCAUAUCCACUUUCUCUUUCCUUUUCUUUCUCUACUAUGCAACGCCAACGCCCCCUAGAACCCUAAACCAUCUCAAUUCCUGUUUCAAUUUCCCUCUCUCUCUCUCUCUUUUCUCUUUCAAUUUUUGAAUUCAACCCUCAUCACUGUCCCUCUCUCCUCUGGGGAAAUUCCACCCUCUUCUCAAUUGCAAGUCGUCCCCUUCUUUUCCUAUUGAGAUGACCUGAAAUUUGUUUCAUCUUUUGGGGACAUUAAUAUAUCUACUUCCAAGGAAAAGAGGAAGGAGAUAGAGAGAAAGAAGGGUAAAAAUGGCUAACCUGGAGUUACAGAUGAACACUCAAAUGGAGCAGAUCCAUGGCGAAAUUCGCGAUACUAUGCGUGCCCUUGCAAAUGGCUUCGGGAAGCUGGAUAAAAUCAAAGACCCAAGUAGACAAAGUAAACAGCUGGAGGAUCUUACUGGGAAGAUGAGGGAGUGUAAAAGAUUGAUUAAAGACUUUGAUCGUGAAAUUAAAGACGAGGAAAGUAGAAAUCGUCCAGAGGUGAACAAGCAGCUUAAUGAUGAGAAACAAUCCAUGAUCAAAGAGUUGAAUUCAUAUGUAGCUUUGAGGAAAACGUACAUGAGCACUCUUGGGAACAAGAGAGUUGAACUUUUUGAUGUGGGAACUGGUGCUAGCGAGGCUACAGCUGAUGACAACGUUCCAUUGGCAUCAGAAAUGUCAAACCAGGAGCUUAUCAAUGCUGGGAUGAAGACGAUGGAUGAAACUGACCAAGCCAUUGAACGUUCCAAGCAGGUUGUUCACCAAACUAUUGAAGUGGGAACGCAAACGGCUACUACUUUGAAGGGCCAAACUGAACAAAUGGGUCGCAUUGUCAAUGAACUGGACACAAUCCAGUUCUCCAUAAAAAAGGCAUCUCAGCUUGUAAAGGAGAUUGGUAGGCAGGUGGCCACUGAUAAAUGCAUCAUGCUUUUCCUUUUUCUGAUUGUGUGUGGGGUUAUUGCCAUAAUCAUCGUGAAGAUUGUGAAUCCAAACAACAAAAGCAUAAGGGAUAUUCCUGGAUUGGCUCCACCUGCAUCAACGAGGAGGAGAUUGUUGUAUGUAAAGCCUGUUCAACAUUUUGAGUGAAUUUGUUGACUUGGUUCAAAAAGGUCAUUAUUCCAAUUUCUGUUGUGAGGCUGCAGUAAACAAAUGCGGGAAUGAUAUCCAUCGCGUCCAUUGUUGUGUUAUUGUAUCUGGUUUUGUGCUUGAGUUGUGCAUAUUUGUAUUUCCUUUUUCUUUUUAAAUAUGUAGAUCAUAUUUGUGGUUUGUCUUCACGGUCACUUCUUUUCUCUUCUCCACUGUUGAUUGGUUGGAGGCGAUUUUUAUUCAUGUAAACCAUAAACCUUUGGAGGGGGAUACAGGUUCCUCCAAAAAAAAAAAAAGAAAAAAAAGAAGAGGACAAAACUUGGUAGUUAGCAGUGACAUACGCUAUUCAAAUUUGAUGUUCAUC